CUUUGGUAAAGAGAGCAAUAAAGUGUUUUUACAAUGUGGAGCACAGAAUAAAUUACACUAAUUAACAGCACUGAAGAAACUCACAUAAUUUUGUUACAGUAGCUUAUAAUAUAUUAGCUAUUCAAGAAAUCAGUAACAGACUUUUGUGGAGCAACAUUUGCCAUGCCUGAAGACUCGACACUGUAUGCCACAGCCGGAUUCCACGAACACAUUCUGAACACGCUCUACAGUCUCCAGCAAUCACAGGACUGCUGUGACCUCACCCUCAAGGCCAAGGAUGGUCAGGUCAAAGUUCACAGUCUUAUCUUAGUGGCAAGCAGCAGUUUCUUCCAGCAGUGGUACAACAACCAGAAAGACAAAUCGGCUCUGAGCUUCUGGAUCCCGGAGCUGUCGUUGAGUGAGCUCAAAUUGAUCAUCGCGUAUUUCUACACAGGCAAGCUGGUGAUCUCACAGGAAAGUGUUUACCUGUACACGACUCUGUUCGAGAGGCUGUGGGUGGAGGAAGCCGUGUCUCUGUGUCAUCAGUUUGUUGUUAGUCAGCAGGAGGACAGCUCCGGUCGUGAGGUCAAACACAGCGUCACUAUGAAGCUGGUGUCGGUGAAAUCAGACCGCAAGGACAGUGCAUCCAGUAGUUUUGCAGACGGUGAUGAUGCCUGCAGUUCAACUUCCUUCAAAGAUGACUCUGAAAGAGCUGCUUUUGGAGAUGAUAAAUCGAACAAAAUCACGCUAGAUAAUGAUCAUACGCUGCUCAAAAGCAGUCCUUCCUCAGGAGUGUCAGAAGGCUUACAUGUAGCUUUGUUACAUUCAAAAGAUUUGGUGAAAAAGGAAGAGGUUGAAGACGCUGAGACAGCAAGUGAAGAAGUAGCUGCUGGAAGUAAGAGGACAAAGAGACGCAAAGACAAUCCGGUCCGUGCUGCGGUUCCUAAAACCAAACGGAGACGGAAGGCACGUAAAAGUGAACCAGUGUCGACAAGCGAGAGGAAAUCGAAGUGUAAACUGCUUGUGAGAGGUCAGACACAAACGAGGGGACGGAAGCACAAGAUGCAGCCAGUGGACGAUGUCAAACUUGAAGACGAUGAUGACGACAAAGCAGACACAGAAAUUACUGUGACAGAGAAAAGAGAACAAUCAGACAAUGAGUUGGGUAGUGAUAGUCUGGAGGAAAGCGUUCACACAGUUAUCAAGAAGAAGACGUCCAAAAGAGUGUUUACCAAAAUGACAGCGCCCAAGAAGAAACCGUACCGAUAUCGGUCGAAGAAACGACUGUACCCAUGUGACUACUGUGGGUACGUGGCUCGCGAGAAGAUUGGACUGGCCGGGCACCAGAAGAGCAAGCAUCAAGUUCCAUUCGAUACCAGUCGAUUCACAGUCCUCACGUGCAAGGACUGCUCGUUUGAAACCCUGGUGAUGAAGCGUCUUGAGAAACACAUGGCCAAACACACGGAGGAGCGGCCCAACAUCUGUGAGCAUUGUGGGAAGACGUUCAAGCUUCAGGGAGAACUGAAUGCACACGUCAAGAUCCACCUCGAUCCAACCAAAUUCCAGUGUUCACAUUGUAACAGGACGUUUUCUUCACCGUAUACUUUAAAAGAUCAUGUUGACAACAUCCAUCUUGGUUUGAAGAACAAGCAGUAUCUGUGUCAUCUGUGUUCUCAUACGACGUGCGACACAGUCAAACUCAAUCAGCACCUGUACAACGUACACAAGAUAGUGCCACCCCCUAAUAUCAAAACAUUCAAGUGUGAAGAUUGUGACUUCAUUGCAUUCAGAAGAUUUGCUUUCAUCAAUCAUAGAAAACUGCAUGAAGGUCAGCGUGAUUUCCAGUGUGGAGUUUGUGGUAAAGGUUACAUCACCGCCCGGGCGCUGAGACAUCAUAUGAUUUGGCACUCCGAGAAGAAGUUUGCGUGCGAGUUUGAAGCAUGCCACUACGCCUCUCCGUCCAAGAGACAGCUUGAACAACACGUCAGACUGAUGCACACACAACGGGACGUGAAGCCGUUUGCGUGUCACCUGUGUCCACACCGGACAGGGGUCCGAGGCAACCUCGACAAACACCUUCGCACUGUGCACAGACUCGACAUUCCUGACAAACGCAAGUACUCACACCUGUACAUGCUGGGAAGAAGUCCGAAAAACAAGUCUGAUCUACCCGGCCAGCCGUCGGCCGAGAGUGACAAUAACACAUCGUACGAGAUGAGCAGCAACACCGGGGUGGUGGGCGAGAGUCAGGUGGUGGAGAUAGACUCCGCUGUGCCUAACAGUGACAUCGUGAAACCCGCUCUGCCCAUUCCCGGGGCACCUUCCGUGCAAGAGAUGGCCUACGAUCAAGCUGCCCUGGCUCACUAUAUGACAUACUUUCACAACAUGGAAUGAUUUAUACUGCAGUACAUUUUCAUAGAAUGAUUUAUACUGCGGUACAUUUUCAUAGAAUGAUUUAUACUGCGGUACAUUUUCAUAGAAUGAUUUAUACUGUGGGACAUUUUCAUGGAAUGAUUUAUACUGCGGUACAUUUUCAUGGAAUGAUUUAUACUGCAGUACAUUUUCAUGGAAUGAUUUAUACUGCAGUACAUUUUCAUGGAAUGAUUUAUACUGUGGGACAUUUUCAUGGAAUGAUUUAUACUGCAGUACAUUUUCAUGGAAUGAUUUAUACUGCGGGACAUUUUAAUGGAAUGAAUUGGUUUAUAUUGGCAUGUUCGGUUUGUUAACAAUAACAUGUUUUAUAGUGCUCUUGGUAUUUGCCUCUUUUUGGUCAAAGUGAUUUUGAUAUCUUUUUCAUCAUCUAUAUAUUUUUAAAAUUUGUAUUUGGUAAAUAUUGUUACUGAUGUUAAGUAGAAUAAAGGACACUUGUUGUUUUUUCUUAUUAAUAAUAAUAUAAGAAUAAUAUAUUCUGGUUAAUAUUUUUUUAUCAUGCAGAAUGAGUAAAUUUACCAUACUUUAACACACCUUUUCCAACCCUUUCACGACGUGACGUCACGCGGAGUGCACAAUUAAUGUAAAUUAUAUUGCACAGUCCACCGUUAAUGUAAUUAUGUUGUGAACAUGACAGCACGCCACUAUUGGUUUGAUGUCAUGAAAAAACUCAAUCAAUGUCAUUCCAGCACAGAUACGAUAAGGUUAAUGCACCUAUUAGUUGUCGUUUUCUAGUGUUUGUACAAUUUUCAAUAGUCAGCAAUAUUUCACAAUAAUUCUCAAGAUGCCCUAAAUGAUUUAUUAGAAUUGCACAUAUUAUCACAGUGAAGAAACAAAUUAUUAUUAGCAUUACAAUUUUUUUUUUUAAUUUCCACUGCUUGGAAAUGUGCAUAUCUGUCUUGUUUUACCUGAUAUGUACAUACAGAAGUAAUCGGAAAUCAUUUAAUAUAAGGAUGGGUUCAGGCUUAAGAGAUGUAGUCGCAGUGCAACGUUUGCUUUACAUGUAUAUAUCCAGAUUCAUAGAAACCUAGCUCGUCAUACAUUAGUAGACAUUUUAGGUACCUGCAUUGUAGUUGAUCUUCAUCUCUUAGCCCAUUACACUUUUAGUAUAUGUACGAAAAUCAAAAAUGUUAUAAAAAUAAAGGUAGUGACCAUCUUUUGAAUUGUGUACACUACCAAAUUACUGAUUGAUUUUGAUUCCCUUUUUACCAUGUGUUGGCUUUGUUACGGUUGGUUUUGUUUGUUGACUCUCAACUAGAACACUUUGAUUAAUUAAUAACCGGCUAUAGGAUGUCACAGAUUUGAUCAGUUUGGUCACACUUUGUUACAAACAUUUGGUCAUUUUAAACUUGUAGUCUUAGAGGAAACCUGCUGUAUUUUUUCAUUAGAAACAAGAUCGUUUUUAGUUUACUUCACUACUUGACAAAACUCGCUUAUUGGAAAACAUUUAUGGUUAAAUAUGUUUUUGUCUGUUAAAGUGAGUAAAGUCUUCAUUUAUUCUACAUGACGGUAAUUUUAAUAUUUGGACUGGUUUUAUUUAAAUGCUUGUACCAAUGGUUCACAGUAAAUUAGAAACAUGAUCAGUAAAACUUGCAGCUUAUGACUGGUCCAUAAAUAAUGAUUGUAAAUACAUGUUUUCAAGUCUGUGUUCUUUGAAUCAUUCCAUCAUCAUGCUACAUAUUAUCCUGCUAUAUAGUAUCCUGCUAUAUAUAGUAUCCUGCUAUAUAUAGUAUCCAGUAAAGAGGAACAGCAUAAUUCACCUUGUAUACGAGAAGUUACCGUCAGAAUGUACCUACAUAAUUAUCUUGGUGCAGUUACAUACAUUUCGGUACUGAUUUGUUGAUAUUUACCACUUGUCUAUUAGAUUUGUCAGCAUUAUAUCAAAUAUAAACUUAAAACUAUUCUUGUCUCAAACCUUGUGUUUCAGUCACUUGUUGCCUUUCUCAUAAAUGACGAGUAUUGA